UUAAAAUCUAUCAAAAUCUUACUAAAAUAUAACAUGGGUGCAAUUUAAGCAAAAGCUACAUUCAUCACAAAAUAAAGAAUAUCUUCCUUUUUGCUAUAUAUUUUUUUUUCUUUUAAGAAGAGGCUACAUUCACAGCACUCAUGCACAGCACAAACAACAACAGCACCACGUGUAUAUUUCGAGAAAUAACUCCCCCAACUCUAAUUUAAGAAAAUGUUGUUAUUGACCCCUUCACUUCCAUUUCCAUCCAUUUCAGUCCCUACAAAAUUCCUACACCCAAAAUCCUCCUCACUCUUCCUAAUACGAUCCUCAUCAAUGGACACUCCACAACCCAAAAAAGUCGCCGUCUGCGGCGGUGGAGUCAUCGGCGUUUGCACCGCUUACUUCCUAUCCAAAAACGGCGCCGCUGUGACUCUAAUCGAACAAUCCUCCAUCGCCUGCGCUGCCUCAGGCAGAGCUGGCGGUUUCCUCGCACUAGAUUGGUGCGACGGAGGUCCCGUCGCGUCACUCGCACGCGCUAGCUUUAAUCUUCACUGUUCACUCGCUGAAGAGCUUAACGGACCACAAUCAUACGGUUAUCGUCCACUCACUACACUAAGUAUCUCAGUCAGCGAAUCAUCAUUAUCCUCAUCCUCAUCAGCGUCGAACCAAACUGGGCCUGGGCCGCUUCCGAGUUGGGUUGAUGGCCCAGCUAAGAGCCCAAGAACAAUUGGAUCAACUUCCAGUACUGCCCAAGUUCAUCCGCAGCUGUUUACGAAAACGCUUCUUUCAAAAGCGGUGAAUGAGUAUGGGGUGGAGGUGGUGAUAGGUAAAGCAGAGAGAGUGGAACUUGCUGAAGGGAAAACAAGAGGAGUUGUACUGGAAGAUGGGAGAGAGAUUGUUGCUGAUGCAGUAUUGUUGGCACUUGGGCCUUAGACUAAGAGAUUUUCUCUAUUGGGCUCGAUUUUUACGAUUUAUGGAAUUAAGGCCCAUAGUAUUGUACUGAAACCGAAAGAGCCUGAUAGGAUAACGCCCCAUGCUCUGUUUCUUACUUAUUAUCCGGCCCAAGGUGGAAAGCCCAUGGACCCGGAAGUUUAUCCUCGUCCAACAGGGGAAGUUUAUAUAUGUGGAAUGUCAGCUCGGGCAGAGGUUCCAGAUGAUCCAGAGCAGAUAACUCCAGUUCCUGAAUCAAUAAACACGCUUAAGAGAGUGGCUGCUAGUGUGUCAAGCCAUUUAGUGGAAGGGGAAGCAGCUGUGAAAACUGAACAAGCGUGCAUCCUACCUUGCAGUGAAGAUGAUGUGCCAAUUAUCGGAGAAGUUCCUGGUAUAAAAGGCUGUUAUGUAGCAACUGGGCAUAGCUGUUGGGGAAUUCUCAAUGGUCCUGCCACUGGUGCAGCUAUGGCCGAACUCAUUCUGGAUGGACAUGCUAGCAUAGUUGAUCUUAGUCGAUUUAACCCCACAAGAUUUUCUAGUGCUCGGAAGAAUUCAUUAAGACGAUGGAGGAAGGGCCAAGAGGUUGAAGUUUUGGAAGCUCAUAAAGCAGCUAUCCAAGCAAUUAUUAAAUUUCCCUCAGGCGAGCUUGUCACAGGCUCAAGUGACACAACACUGAAGCUUUGGAAAGGAGCAGCAUGUAUCCACACUUUUUUCUGGGCGUACAGACACUGUUAGAGGCCUUGCAGCAAUGCCUGGUCUAGGAGUUCUUUCUGCAUCCCAUGAUGGUUCCAUAAGGCUGUGGGAACUUAGUGGUCAAGUUCUACUGGAGAUGGUUGGUCACACUGCUAUCGUCUAUUCUGUUGAUGCUCAUGCCUCUGGGCUUAUUGUCAGUGGCAGUGAGGGUCGUUUUGCAAAGAUAUGGAAAGAUUGGUGAAGACGGGCCUGAUGAUGGCAUAUCACGUCCUCUUCUUGAUGGAAUUCAAUAUGAUCAUGUGUUUGAUGAUUGAUAUUGGAGAUGGUGAACCUGUUCGCAAAUUGCCCUACAAUCGCUCGGAUAAUCCGUAUGACGUUGCUGAAAAAAUGGCUACUCAAAGAGAAUCUGUCUCUUUCUUACCGUGAACAAGUUGUGGAAUUCAUUCAUUCUUCAAAAUACUGGUCAGAAACAGUUUACUCCUGAUCCAUCAUUCUGUGACCCCUACACUGGCAGUUGCGCUUAUACCCUGGUCAACCUUCAAAGCCAGCUGAAAGGAAUGCUAGUCUUUGAUGCAGCACAAUUUGAUGGUAUACUCAAGAAAGUUUCAGAGUUCAAUACUACUUUACUGUCUAGUACGGAAAGCUUGUCUCACUCAUGAUAAACUUCAAAGAAGAGGUUUUCAGCUCUGUUCUAGGUGCUUUUUGUGCAAUCAAGAAGCUGAAACGAAUGAACAUCUUUUCUUGCAUUGCUCAUUUACCAGACAACUAUGGCAACUUUUUUGCAGCUCUAGCUAAAAUUGAUUGGGUAAUGCCCCAGAGUACUUUUGACCUAAUGGAACAAUAUACAAGGAGAAUCUUGUCGCAAAGAGUGGUGGAAGAAUGUUCCGGCUUGCAUAUGGUGGACAAUUUGGAAAGAGAGAAAUGCAAGAUGUUUUGAAGGCAGAACCAGUUCAAUCCAAAAGAUCAAGAGCUCCUGCAUUUCUCUUCUUUAUUUUUGGUGUAAAGAACAGUUGAUGAUGUUGAAUCAUUACUAGACUUUUUGGCCUCUUUGUAAGUUUUGUUCGAGGCUGUAUCUGUAGAUAUGAUAUACCAGGCCUGUAUUUGAUGUAUGUAAACGAAUGAAAGCACUCGAAAUAAUCUUCAAGAUAGCUGUAAGCAUCAUGCAUCAUUAGAACAAUUAUAAAUAUGAUUAAAGGAGAAAUUUCGUUAUUUAA